UCUCCACUUGAAUCAAUAAUGGAUUCUAUCCAAAUACCCAUAUCAAUCUACGUUAUCAUUGCCCUCUUAACCUUUUCUUUUCUAGCAUGGCUACGCCGGAAAAACCUCCCGCCCGGCCCUAUGGGCUGGCCGGUCAUUGGCAACAUGUUGAUGAUGGAUCAGCUCACCCACCGUGGGUUAGCCCGUUUGGCUGAAAAAUACGGUGGCAUCCUCCAUCUCAAGAUGGGUUUCCGUCACACCAUUGCCGUGUCCUCGCCGGAGAUAGCUCGCCAAAUUCUUCAAGUCCAAGAUAACAUCUUUGCUAACCGUCCCGCCACUAUUGCCAUCACCUACCUCACCUACGAUCGUGUUGAUAUGGCGUUUGCCGACUACGGACCUUUCUGGCGUCAGAUGCGUAAGCUUUGUGUGAUGAAACUGUUCAGCCGGAAGCGGGCGGAGUCGUGGGAUUCCGUGAGGGAUGAGGUGGAUUCCAUGGUGACCACCACCGCCACCAACUCCGGCUUGCCGGUAAACUUGGGGGAGCUUGUAUUCGGGUUGACCCAUGAUAUUAUUUAUCGUGCGGCUUUCGGGUCGACGUCGCAUGAAGGUAAAGAGGAGUUUAUUAGGAUCCUACAGGAAUACACCAAGCUUUUUGGUGCAUUCAACUUGGCUGACUUUAUCCCAUGGCUCGGCUUCAUUGACCCGGCUGGGUUGAACACCCGUUUACCUGCGGCUCGAGCUGCGUUGGAUGGGUUUAUUGACAAAAUCAUCGACCAACACUUGGCAAAAGAGAAAAAGGUCGGCGAUGAAAAUGUGGAUAACGAUAUGGUUGAUGAGAUGUUGGCGUUUUACAGCGAGGAAGGAAAAACCAACGAAGCCGAGGAUUUGCAGAACGCCAUCAAGCUGACCCGAGAUAACAUCAAAGCCAUAAUCAUGGACGUAAUGUUUGGUGGUACAGAGACGGUUGCUUCUGCGAUUGAAUGGGCCAUGACGGAGCUCAUGCAUACACCCGAAGCGCUCAAGCUUGUGCAACAAGAGUUGACCAACGUUGUUGGUCUUGACCGUCGUGUCGAAGAGUCCGACUUCGAGAAACUGCCCUACUUCAAAUGUGUCAUCAAGGAAACCCUUCGUCUGCACCCUCCGAUCCCCGUUCUGCUCCACCAAUCGUCAGAAGCCACGGAGGUUUCCGGCUACCACAUCCCAAAAGGGACACGUGUCAUGGUCAACUCCUACGCCAUCAAUCGUGACAAGAACGCUUGGACAGACCCUAAUACUUUUAAUCCAUCUCGUUUUCUGCAAAACGGAGCCCCAGAUUUUCGGGGAAGCAACUACGAGUUUCUCCCAUUUGGGUCGGGCCGAAGGUCGUGCCCAGGAAUGCAACUCGGGUUGUACGCAAUGGAAAUGGCAGUCGUGCACCUUCUUCAUUGUUUCAACUGGGAACUACCAGAUGGAAUGAAACCAAGUGAAAUCGACAUGGGCGACGUGUUCGGGCUCACAGCCCCAAAGGCGAUACGACUUGUAGCCGUGCCGACUCCUCGUCUGUUGUGUCCGUUGUAUUAAAACUCUGGU